AUGCCAGUUCCCGUCUCCUACUACCCCAAGCAGCCAGCGCACCCAGUAAUCAAGAUCAAUCAAUCUGCCGUCGCUGAGUCUCGCUCGUCUGGUUUCCAGCACUUGACGCACUCCCUGCCCCUGCCUCCCAGCGGGCCCCCGCCUUCGUUCGCCACGCGCGAGGAGUGGAUCAGUUCCCUGCCUUCCUGGAGGAGGAACAAGCCGCGCCGCAUUUGGGAGGAGGAUCUCGCGCACGCACAGGAUUCUUGUCAGGGUUUUGAAGAGGGGUUGACCGUUGCGGACAACGCGGCGGUCAUUAAAGGGGCGCCCGCGCAAGCUCGCAUCCCGCCCGUCUCUACCCUGCUAGCGAGUGCAGGGGCCGCUUCCCGCGCCACGGACAUGUACGCGCGCAGUCCCGAGGAGAUGAACAUGUACUUGGCCCGCAUCCACGGAUGGCCCUGUGACGGCGCUGCUCGCUCUACAAACGUAUCUCCAGCAGCCAGCGCAGAGUACGACGACAGGAUGAUGGAGGAUUAUCAGGACGCCCGCUAUCGAGACUACGAGAUGAACACCCCUGGCUCGUACGGCGAUGUCGGCUCUGCUGGUAUGUACGCCUCUGAGGAGUACGAACGGGGAGCGUUCAGCCCCGUCUUCGAAGAUAUGUCCCCUGACGGUGCACCCAUGGUCGAUCCCGCGUCGAGUCCGAUGGGCCCCAAUACCCCUUUCGCCGAUUACGUCGACAGCGCGUUCGCCGCGGAUCCAUUCGUUCCCUCGUAUGGGUGCUCUCAGCCCGUCAGCACGACCCGCGAGGUACGGUAUGCCUACCAAGACCAACAUUGCGGUGCUCAGUGCCAACAAUGCCAGACCUUUGCACAGGCCGAACAACCUAUGGCGCCACCAGCUCCCGAGCCCGUCGUCACGCCGACCGCCACGGCCGCUUACAAGAAAAUGGCUGAGCCGCUUUCUGAUUGGAUCGCGUCGUACGUAUGGAAGGUGUGCACAACGGGCUUGAGCCUGCCUCCGGACUAUGCGCAACCGACGGCGUUCAUCAAACACUACUCCAAUUCGCCUCCCAGUCAUCUGGCCAGUUCGACUCAUUCAAUGUUGCUUUCGACGUUGCUGCAGCCGUCGGCCAUUUUCUUGGCGCUGUGGUACAUUGUUCGCCUGCCUGUCUUCUUCGGCCCCGUCAACCUGGACAGCGAAAGACAUCGGAAGGAAAUCCGCUUCCGAGACGAACUGCUUGGCGAAGCGCACCUGAGCUUUGACAGAGACGCCAUUGAGUCCUACGCUCCGUUCCGUCUCAUCCUUCUUGGAUGUAUGCUAGCGAACAAGUGGUUGGACGAUCACACUUUUUCCAACAAGACAUGGCACACUAUCUCUAACGUUCCCGUGCAGUCUCUCAACAAGCUGGAGUCACUUGCGCUCGACAUCUUCCGCUAUGACUUGUCAAUCUCCACGCACGAGUGGACUGACUGGCUGUCGCACAUACACGAGUAUCAUACGUCUCUGCACUCUCCGGCAUGCCCUCAGCCUAUCUCGCGCCCUUCGUCGAGCCCUCACACUAUCACUCGCAAGGCGAUCGAGCGGCUCAUUCAAGUUGGCGUGGGUCGCGGUUGCUGCCAGGACGCUACGUGCACCAUGCCCCCGGAGCCGGUGUUCGCCGGUCUCGAGGAUGAGAAGAGGGAUCAGGCCGAUGCGCCGGUCUAUGAUGAAGAUGUACUGGAGAUUGACCUGGACGAGGAUGGACCUUUGCGAGAGGAGUAUCUGCCCCGGCGUCGCGUUAGCAGCGUGAGCUCUUCGCGGCGCGCCCAAGCUACCGAGAAGGUCGUCGAGCCUGAGAGGAUCCUGCCACCCCCUGCGAGGUGGAGUCCUGCUGCCGAUGAGCCCAUCAUGCGCGACGUCCGCAUCUCUAGGCAGUACGUGGCACCGCAGCCUAUGGGUCAUGUCCCUGCCAUCGUGCCUCCGCCCCCGCCGUUCCAUCAAGUACUGCAACCUCAGCAACCCACGUGGCCCUACGGUGGUUAUGGGCACAAGCAGGAGCAAAUGACCUCCGCUACGUACGCCCCGCCCCCUGUGUAUGCUCGGCCGUCACAUGUUGGCUUUGACUACGCGUACCCCGCUACGCAUGGUCACUCCCGCUCGCAGUCGCUGUCGUACAACCAGGCGGUCGGAGAUCACGCCCAGGGUCGUCAUCGUGCAUACUCGCAGACGAGGUACGAUCAGGGCUACAGCGACGUUCGCUUCUCCGAGAAUCACUUCGCUCUGCCGCUGCCUGCUCUGACACGUUGGAGCCCUGGCGCUGUAUAUCCCCCGUUCUACGACCGACCCUCCGAGUACCAGAGGCCGUUGAAGGUCUGA